AUGGCAGACCCGCUAUAUGAACUGCUAAUCCCCUACUUUGACGCCCACGACACCCAAACACGGCCCUCACCCACUGACCCCAUCACCAACACCUAUCUUGCCCGUCUCACCACACUGCCCAUAGCUGCCCUCACAUCCUCGGAACAACAGUCCCUCUCCCAAAGCUCCCAGUCCAUACUACGAUCUCUCCAGGCGCUCUCCAAACGCUCCCACCAACCCAUCAUCUCAUCCAUUGACCACCUGCUGCACCUGCGCCACACACUUCCACAUAUCGGCCAGGAUGCUGCCUCCAUACAAGCAGAGCUGCCCAAUCUCGAGACCGCCGCCCAGCAAUUCGCAGAGAAAUACAGCAGAGGCGCCGAAAAUCCUAUUCUCGACAGACGGCGAAAGGCAAUGCUGCUCUCACGGAACAUAGAUCGUGUCUCCGACGUCCUGGACCUACCCACACUCCUCUCCUCCGCCAUCUCCUCCUCCACAGCCGCCGCGCAAGCCAAUGCCUCUGUGGCAUCCUCAAGUGCAAACUAUGCCUCGGCCCUCGAUCUUCACGCUCACAUCAAGCGUCUGCACGCCCUCUACCCAAACUCCGCGCUCAUAUCCUCACUCGCGACCCAAGCUGAGCAAGAAAUGAAGACCAUGACGACCAACCUAAUCUCUUCCUUGCAAUCCCAGUCCAUCAAGCUCGCAGGCGCAAUGCGCACCAUCGGCUGGCUCCGUCGCGUAGCCCCGGAACUCGAUGAUUCUUGGUCAACGAAACAACCCAGCAUUGUUAGUGGCGAAGGCACACUCGGCGCCCUCUUCCUCGUCUCACGACUCGCAUCCCUAGAGCUCAUGUUGAGCGCCCUAGAUCCCCUCCGCGAACUCGCAGACCAAGAGACGGACAAACGACAAGCGCAGCGUGAUAAGCCUGAUGCAGCAUGGGCCUCUGGCCAACAAACGGAAAAAUAUCUCAAAAAGUACCUCGAAGUGUUUCGUGAACAGAGCUUCGCAAUCAUCUCCAUGUACAAAAGUAUAUUUCCUUCUGCCCUGCCUGCACCGGGUUCCGAGGAAUCCGCACCAGCUGUAAAGCCCGUUGGUACCAACGAGUCCAAUGCUUUACAGCCCAUUCCCUCAGCCCUGGCCACAUUUCCAUCACACCUGGUUGAAAUGCUCUUCGAUACCCUGCACGCAUACCUCCCCAAUGUCCAAGAUCGCUCGGCUAGGGACUCGCUACUAACCCAAGUUCUCUAUUGCGCCGGCUCCCUCGGCAGACUGGGCGGCGACUUUAGCUUGAUGAUUGCCAUCCUGGAAGAGGAUCUGAGGACUCAGUUGGAGCAUGGACACGAGCAUGGUCAAGAGAUAGAGGACAAGGAGACGGAAGAGGAAUGGGUACAUGUCAUGAAGAAACACCGUGUCCAGGCAUCUCGUCUCGAACUCCUCGCUUCGGGCGUGGGGACCACGCGCGCAAGUAGUCUUCCUGAUCGCACUGCUAGCCCUGUUCGUUGA